AUGGCCAUCACAAAGUUAACCGGCAUCCUCGUCGCCCUUAUAACGCCAUUUACCGACGACGGCCUCAGCAUCGACCAGGGCCGUCUAAAGUCCCACAUCGACCGUCUUUUCAACGCAGGCGUGCACGGCCUCGUCCCGGGGGGCAGCACCGGAGAAUUCACAACGCUCUCCCUCGCCGAGCGCAAAGAACUCCUCGAGUCCGUCAUCAAAUACACUGCCGGGCGAGGCCCUGUUGUAGCAGGCGUCGGCAGCACCAGGACCUCUGAAGCUGUUGAGCUCGCUGUGCACGCAGCCAAGGCUGGUGCUGGUGCUCUUAUGGUUGUACCGCCGUACUACGACCCGCUGAACUACGAGCAGCUUCAUGAGCUUAUGGAUACGAUUCACAAAUCGUCUAAUCUCCCGAUUGUCUACUAUAAUAUCCCCGCGGCUAGCGGUCUCACCCUGUCAACCCAGCAGAUUGCGGACUUGUCAGCUGUUGGUGUGAGAUGGCUAAAGGAUACCUCGGGCAAUGCGCCAGACUUCACAGAAUUGAUGUUCAGUGCGCAGCGCCAGCAGAUCUCCCCAAUGAACGGGUGGGACGGAUUGACAUUCUACGGCAUCGCGGCAGGCAAUGAAGCUGUUAUCUGGGGUGCGGCGAAUGUCAUCCCCGAGCUGGCUGUUGAGUUGUGGGAGGCAUUAACCACGCAGAACGACUUGCGCAAGGGCAGAGAACUGUGGAGCAGGAUCUGGCCGGUUUGCAAGUUUCUGGAGGAGUAUAACUAUUCCGCUGCGGUGAAGACGGGCGUGGAACUUAGGGGGCAGCCCACGGGGCCUCUGCGGAAGCCGUUUGCGCUGCUGGGGGAGAAGGAGAGGAGGGCGUUUAAGGCUGUCUUGGUCAAUGCGGGAGUGAGGACCGUGUAG